UCUGGCAGCAAUUGGUUGUGUUUCUUUUGAAGAGGGCAGCACCCUCCUCCUCAGUUAAAGAAGGAGGAUAGAUAGGAUGGGGUAUCUUGUCCUGACUUCUUUUCAUAAUUCCACACCAUUCUGGCUGGCUUUUCUAAUAGGAAUUAUGUGUGCAGAAAGGGCCAUUAGUUGUCCACCUAACUGCACAUGUCAGAACGUGGAAGUGAACUGCGAAGGAAAUAACUUGAGAACUUUUCCAAAUGAAAUUCCACUGCUGACCAGAAGGUUGGUUUUGGCUAAUAACAGCAUCGUCUACAUAACACAUUUAGAACUGAGCUAUCUAAAUGAACUGGUCUAUCUGGACUUCAGCCACAAUCGGUUACUUAUGGGCACGAAUUUCACAUUUCCUCUUUUACCGGAGUUGACAUCCCUGGAUCUUAGUUACAACCACAUCUCCCAAAUAACUGGUGAAACUUUCUCAAAGCUGGAACAUCUGUUGCUGCUGAAUCUCUCAGGUAACCGAUAUUUGCACAAGUUGGAUGACAACACUUUCCGGCACAACCCUCUGCUGAGAUACCUGGAUAUAAGUGGCUGUAACUUCAGUUACAUUUCUCGAGAAGUGUUUAAGAGAUUAAAGAACUUUCAUUCUUUAGAUAUAAGUGCUAAUCCCUUCGACUGUAACUGCCAUGUCUUGGAAUUUAUGGAAUGGAUGAAGAAUAAGAUGGACGACAAGGAACUUGUUUUCCCACACAUCGAGGAGACUACUUGUAAGAAACCACUCAUAUUCUAUGAUAUGGAAACCCUUUCCAUACUAAAAAGGCUCAUUGUUACAUGCCGUAAGAGCAUCAGAUCAAGAAAUAUUCUAGUUGCAUCUGGACUUGGUAUCUUUUCCUUUGCUUGUGGAAUUCUUACAGCGUCAAUGGUUGGGAUGGCCACAGUGGUAUAUCACUACCCUUUAUUGAAGAUAGACGAUGACUCAGAUGACGAUAUGUUCUGGGACUGAUUCAGAGCUGCUCUUGGAACUGUCAACAUUGAUUGUAGAAGGACCAUCAUCUUUUGUUUCAUUGCAACAUCCUUUAAAUGCAGUUUUGCCUUCUUUCAA